AUGCAAUAUCCCAAAGGAGAGUCCUCAAACAACUAUAAAAUUUUAGUCUUGGGAGAAGCAGGUGUUGGGAAAACCUGUUUGCUGACUCGGUUUGCAGACAAGACUUUCACUGAAGAAGAGGAACUUUCUACUAACGCAAACUUUAAGGUCGUUGACGUCCCGACUCCGGAGUCUUCAAAGGCGAAAUCAGUCAAACUAGAAUUGUAUGACACUGCCGGACAAGAACGAUUCAGGAUAUUAACAAGUUCGUUUUACAGAAAGUGUUGUGGCGCGUUUUUAGUCUUUGACUUGAACGAUAGAAACUCAUUUCAAAAUUUACAGAACUGGUCGAAGGAUAUUGAGUACUAUGCAAACAAAGCAAUUGUCAUAGUUGUCGGAAACAAAUCGGACUUGCCAAAGAUUGAUGACACCAUUCAGCCGACAGAGAUGUCUGGCUACAUUUCAGAAAAGGGGUACAAAGCCUUCUACGAGUGUUCUGCAAAAACGGGGGAUAAGUGCGAAGAGGCGCUUAAAGCAAUGGCGCUUGAGGUAGCCGAGAUGUGCACAGAAGAAACAGAUGACCCCAAGAACGUCAAGCAGAACAACGUUCAAAAAAAGUCGAAAUGCUUCUUAUUUUAG